GCUAAAGGAGGAAGAAAAAAGCCCAGCCGCUUCCGUGUUGUUCUCCUGCUCUCCUGACAAAUAUCCGUCGUCAGCGGGGUGGCAGCUCGUCCUACCAUGGUUCUGUAAACCCCUAGCCCGGUACUCUAGUCAGCGUUUCUCCCCCCCUCCCCACCACCACCGACAUGUCGCUGCUGCAGGGCUCCAAGCGGAAGGACCGGCGCGUCCUGUCGGGCACCUGCCCGGACCUGCGCUGCCAGGCGCGGCUCUUCUUCCCGGCCGGCGGCCCCAUCGAGUGCACGGAGUGCGGGCGGCGGCACGAGCAGCGCAGCCUGCUGCACGUGGAGGAGGUGACGGACCCGGACGUGGUGCUGCACAACCUGCUGCGGUCGGCGCUGCUCGGCGCGGCCGGGGCCGGAGGAGCAGGGGCCGGGGCCCCCGGGGGGGCCGGGGCCGGGGCAGCAGGGGCCCCCGGGGGCCCGCGGAAGGGCAGCGAGCUGGUGAAGGUGAUGGGGCUCUCCAACUACCACUGCAAGCUGCUGUCGCCGGUGCUCACCAGGUACGGCAUGGACAAGCAGAGCGGCCGGGCCAAGCUGCUGCGGGACAUGAACCAGGGGGAGAUGUUUGACUGCGCGCUGCUGGGCGACCGAGCCUUCCUGAUCGAGCCGGACCACGUGGCCACCAUGGGCUACGGCAAGGACCGGUCCGGCAGCCUGGCCUACCUGCACGACACCCUGGAGGAGGUGAAGCGGGCCAACGGCGACCGCGAGUGCCUGAUCCCGGUCCACGUGGACGGGGACGGCCACUGCCUGGUGCACGCCGUGUCCCGGGCGCUGGUGGGCCGCGAGCUGUUCUGGCACGCCCUCCGCGAGAACCUCAAGCAGAACUUCAAGCAGAACCUGGAGCGCUACAAGGCCCUGUUCCAGGACUUCAUCGACGCAGCGGAGUGGGAGGACAUCAUCAACGAGUGCGACCCGCUGUUCGUGCCGCCCGAGGGCGUCCCCCUGGGGCUGCGCAACAUCCACAUCUUCGGCCUGGCCAACGUGCUGCACCGGCCCAUCAUCCUGCUGGACUCGCUGAGCGGCAUGAGCAGCUCCGGCGACUACGCCGCCACCUUCCUGCCGGGCCUGGUGGCCGAGGAGCGCUGCCGCGGCAAGGACGGCCGCCUCCACAGGCCCAUCUGCAUCGCCUGGAGCAGCUCCAGCCGCAACCACUACAUCCCCCUGGUGGGCAUCAAGAACACGGCACUGCCCAGGCUGCCCCCCCACCUGCUGCCCAAGGCCUGGGGCGUCCCGCAGGAGCUCAUCCGGAGGUACGUCCGGCUGGAGCCGGACGGCAGCCUGGUGAUCGGCGGCGACCGCAGCCUGCAGGACAAGUACCUGAUGCGGCUGGUCAACGCCAUGGAGGAGGUGUUCAUGGAGAAGCACGGCAUCCACCCGUCGCUGGUGGCCGACGUGCACCAGUACGUGUACCGGCGCACCGGCGUCAUCGGCGUCCAGCCCGAGGAGGUGACGGAGGCGGCCAAGAGGUCGGUGACGGAGAACCGGCUGCACCGCUGCCUGAUCUGCGGCGCCCUUUCGGAGCUGCACGUCCCGCCGGACUGGCUGAGCCCCGGCGGGAAGCUCUACAACCUGGCCAAGUCCACGCACGGCCAGCUGCGGCCCGACAAGAACUACAGCUUCCCCCUCAACAACGUGGUCUGCUCCUACGAGCCGCAGGCCGACGUCCUGGUCCCGGACUACAAGCUCAGCUCCCUGGGCACCUGCACCUGGUGCCACGGCACCUCGGUGCGCCACGUCCGCGGCGACGGGUCUGCCGUGUACCUGGACGGGGACCGGACCAACACCCGCUCCCACGGGGGCAAGUGCGGCUGCGGGUUCAAGCACUACUGGGACGGGAAGGAGUACGACAACCUGCCCGAGGCCUUCCCCAUCACGCUGGAGUGGGGGGGGCGGGUGGUGCGCGAGAGCGUGCACUGGUUCCAGUACGAGGCGGAGGCGGCGCUGAACAGCAACGUGUACGACGUGGCCAUGCGGCUCGUCACCAAGCACUUCCCCGGCGAGUUCGGCAGCGAGCUGCUGGUGCAGAAGGUGGUCAACACCAUCCUGCACCACACGGCCCGGAGGAACCCGGACGAGUACAACCCCGUGUCCGUGGACGGGGCGCACGCCCGCCGCCUCACCGACGACGCGGCGCCGCCGGACCCGCAGCCCCCCACCAAGAUCAUCCUGACGGGCCAGAAGGCCAAGACGCUGCACAAGGAGGAGCUAACGAUGAGCCGGGCGGAGCGCAGCGUGCAGCAGAGCAUCAGCGAGCAGGCGGCCGUCGCCCAGCGGCGCCGGACCGACCAGCUGAGGCAGGAGCAGCGGAGCCAGGGCUGGACGUCCCCCCCCGCCGGCGGGUCGCCCGAGGCCUCCUCCUCCUCUGCCCCGGCCACGCCCACCAAGUCCUCCUCGCCGUCCCAGUCCGGCGGGGAGAAGAAGAUCCGCGUGACGACCAGCGACGGGCGGCAGGCCACGCUGACGCUGCGGCCCGGCACCACCUUCCCGGAGCUGCAGCGCAGCAUCGCCGCGCAGCUGGGGGUCCCGCCCGCGCAGCAGUGCAUCCGCUACGGCUUUCCGCCGCGGGAGCUGGCGCCGCCGCGGGACGGCGAGGAGGACGAGCCGGUGGCGCUGCAGCACGGCGACAGGGUCACGGUGGAGAUCCUGAAGGGCCCCGAGGACCAGGGCCCCCCAACGCCCGCCGAGACCCCGGCGUCCGGCUCGCAGGCGGCGCCCCCCCACCCGGGGAAGAGCGACGACGCCGCUGUGGCGACCAGCAGGGCGGCGAGCCGGGAGCUACAGGACAGCAUCGACCUGGAGAUGUCCUCCCUCUGUCUCCUAGCAACCCUGAUGGGCGAGGACGUUUGGUCGUACGCCAAGAAGCUGCCGCACUUGUUCCAGCAGGGAGGCGUCUUCUACAACAUCGUCAAGAAAGACAUGGGCCUGAUGGACGGGAAGCACUGCACGCUGCCCCACCUGACCGGUAAGACCUUCGUGUUCAACGCGGCGCAGCAGCGUCUGGAGCUGUGCGUGGACGCGGCGGGCCACUUCCCCGUGGGGCCCGAGGUGGAGGAGCUGGUGAAGGAAGCCCUGCUGCAGCUGGGGGGUUCCAGGGGCAGCCGGGAGGGCAGCCCGUCCCACGGCGUCCUGCGCCUCGGCAGCGGGGGCGUCGUCCGGAAGAAGGAGGCGCUGCAGAAUGUCACCGCCUUCCAGGGCAAGGGCCACUCCCUGGGCAGCUCUGGGGGCUCCUCCCCCCCGGAGCACCGGCCAAUCACGCGCCAGCACAGCAGCGGCGUGGACCUGAGCGCCAGCGUGUCCCGGGGCCCGCCGGACCUGUCGGACAUCCCCGAGGACACCACGCGGGAGCUGGUGCGCAUGGCGCCGGGCUUCGUGACCACCAAGGACGGGCGCGGCCUGGACCCGUCCCUCAUGGAGCAGCAGCGCCGCAAGCUGCAGGAGAUGGUGUCCUCCAUCCAGGCGUCCAUGGAGCGCCACCUGCGGGAGCAGCAGGGCGCCGCCGCUGCCGCCGGGGGCGGGGCUAAGACAGACCAGCCGGCGCCUGCUACCGCGGCCGGCGCCAAGCCUCCGGCGGCGGAGGGAGCGGCGGGCGGGAAGCCGGAGGAACCGGAGGACAUGGAGAGCCAGGACGCCGGCGCCACCGAACCCAUGGACCACUCCUGAUGGCGCCCGGCGUCCAGCUCCGCCCCCAGCUCCGCCGGGCCGGCGCCUCAGGUCGGGUCCCCGAGCUUUGGUCCUCACCGGGUCGCAGGCCGUCCUCGCCGCCGCAGACCAGAGUCCGCGACCGCGCCGCACGCCGCCGGCGACCAUCAUUCAUACCGACGUCACGGCGACCCGGCGGCGUUGGUGUCCACGCCGCGGCGACCCGGCUACGCCGCGGUGCUCGCUCUCAUCUCAGCUGCAGUUAAUAAAUAGUAGAUUCUGGCUUCCUGGGAGACGUUCUUUUGCCUUUUUAAAAGUAGGUUUUCUCCGUUGACGCAUCAUAGAGACUCUGGAGUCGCCUGCUCGGUGGCGGGAUCGGACCUGCGGCCUUCAGAACCCCCCCCUCGUGGUCAGACACUCCCAC